AUGAAGGCCAUAGUUUUAAUUAUUUUUAUUUUAUUAAUCAAUAAUCAAAUUGUAAAAACUUGGGAUCAAAAUGAUGUUAAACAAUUUUUUAACAAUUAUCCAUUUGGUAUUAAAUCUAGUAGUGGAUUUUAUUAUGAUACUCAAGUUUCAACACUGAAUGGAACAAUUUAUGGAUUUACAAAGAAUGGAUUUGUUGAUUUUCCAGAGAAUCCAGGAUUUGAAGAGUCAGGAUUUUAUUUAGACCAAUCAGUUGAUAUGGUUGAAGAUAGAUUGGGAGCAGAUGGUAGACCAGUUUAUAAAAAUGGUAAUGAACCAUUCAUUGUUACAAAUAAGGAAACUGGUAAACAAUUUACAUUGGCACAUAAUUCAUCAACAUUUUAUGAUUGGUUUCAUUCAAGUCCAUGUGUGAAUUAUCCAUUAAAUGGUAGUAUAUGGAUUACAAAGAAUGCUUUACAAGGUGUUGCAUUUAAACCAACAAACGACGUUUAUCCAUACGAUAUCGGAACUCAAGAUAAUCAAUUACCCUAUUUCCAUCAUUCUACUUUCUCUUUAAAUUUUUAUCUUCGUGUUAAAAGACAAUUAAAUCGUCCAAGUAUAUUAAAUAUCGCUACAAAUUAUGAAACUUUUUUUUUUAUAAAUAAUCAAAAACAAAUUGGUGAAUUAAUUGUUUUAGGUGGUGAGAGUGGUUUAUACUAUUAUCAAUGGGCACCUGAAGAUACUGAUGAUGGUAAAAUAUUUAAAAUUGAUAUUUUCGUUAUUAUGCGUACUGGUUUUAAAGGUGUACUUCAAAUUAAUUUUCGUAAUUCAUUUGAUCAAUGUUUUUGUAAUAAUACCGAUAUAUGUUCAAUUUGUAAUGGUAAUGGUGAUACAUGUGGUUGUAUCUAUGGUGCAACCAAAGGUUGUGCAAGUGCCCAUACAAAAUGUUCUCAAUGUAUUUACGUUAACGAUUGUGGAAACUUUAAUAAUACUGAUCCAUUUUGUUCAAUUGUUAAAUGUUCAAAUAAUCAAACACUAUCAUCAACUGAUUCACCACCAUUAUCAAUUGAUGGUAGUGUCUCAAGCGGUAGUGGUUCCAAUGACGAUCCAACUUGUAUUUUAGAACCAAUUGACUGUGAUGAUAAUGAUGAAUGUACCGUUGAUGAAUGUUCAAUAACAAGUGGAUGUAAACAUACGGUUUGUCCAAAUUUAGAUAAAUCUGGUAAAACUGAAAUUAAAUGUGUAAAUGGAAAAUGCCAAACACGUGUUAAAUCACCUUGUGAAUUGAUGACUUGUCCAAAUGAUACUAUUUGCAUUGAAAAUUAUAAUAACACUAAAAACUUGACAAUUUGUUUACCAAUUGAAUGUUCCAUAAAUAAUUGUGAUGAUGGUAAUGGGUGUACUAUCGAUUCUUGUAAUUUCCAAACAGGAUUUUGUGAUCAUUUACUUUGCCCAAACAAAUAUUUGGAUCCAAUUACAAAUCAUACAACAAUUCCAAUCUGUGAAAAUAAUAAAUGUGUAAACAAAACUCUCUCAAAUUGUGAAUAUUUUAAAUGCGAUCAUCCAAAUGAAAUUUGCAUAGAAGAGAAAAUAACUCUUGCUCCAAAAUGUGUUCAUUUCGAUAGUGGUUGUUUAUCUUGUUCUGAUUUAAAUUGCCAAUCAUUAACUUCUCCAAAUUCAAGAUGUAAAUAUAUUGAAAUGGAUAAUCAAAAAUUACGUUGUAAAGGUUCGGUUGGUUCUUGUUGUCCUUAUUUACCAACCUGUUAUUAA